AUGAAGGUGGUGUUUCUGGCGGCCGCUCUUCUUGCUUUGGUCUCUAUGUCCCGGGUCCAGGCCCUGUGGCUGGGAAGGCUGGAUCCUAAGCAGUUCCUUGGGCCCUGGUACAUCCUGGCGAUGGCCUCCCGUGCCAAGGACUUCAUGGUGGAGAAGGACAUGAAAAAUGUAGAAGGCGUCCUGGUGACUCUCACUCCAGAUAACAAGCUGAGAGUUCUGUCUUCCCGGCAGGGGCCAGAUGGGUGUCGUCAGAGCAUGGUGGAGCUGCUGAAGCAGAAUUCUCGAUGGGUGUUUGAGAAUCCCUCUAUUGGCGUGCUGGAUUAUCGGGUGCUGGGCACUAACUUCAAGGACUACGCCGUCGUCUUCACACAGCUGGAGUUUGGGGAUGAGGCCUUCAACACAGUGGAGCUGUACAGUCGGACAGAGGUGGCUAGCUAUGAGGCCAUGAAGCUGUUCACCAAAUGGAGCCAGGGUCUGGGUUUCCGUGCCCAGCAGCAGGCGCAGCUGCGGAAGGACCUCACGUGUGCACACAAGAUCCUCCAGUGACGCCCCACCCCAGAGAUAGCAUCACAUCCUCGCAUCCUGGUGGAGGUGGACAGGCACUGUCUUUACUCAGCGGCUAGAGGUGCUGGUGUUGGUUCUCUG